AUGGUUGUGCUUGAAGGAGGCGGCAUGUUGAGUUCCGCCAGUAAUCAAUACCUGCAACCCGAUUAUCUUUCACCGUUACCAACUACGCUCGAUGCGAAAAAGAGUCCACUUGCUCUUCUAGCACAAACGUGUAGUCAAAUCGGAGCAGAUUCUCCGAGCACGAAAGCAUUGUUACCACCGCUUGAAAAAACGAGAAAACACAAUUCAACAACCACUUCUACGGAUCAUACAUCUUUGACUCGGGCUGGCUCGAGUCCGUCGCAAAAGACUGAAAGACAUCAUGCGGUACCGCGUUCUUCUCCUCCGUCGGAUGGUAGCAAAUUCGUUUUUAAACCCUACGAAACAAAUGUCGUGGCGAAAAAAACGACGGAGGAUCGUCCUCCGUCGAAAACGACGACCCUUUUAACAGAGGAAGGAAGAAAAUCUGCAUCGGAAAUGAGAGCACCGAGUAGGAAAUCAACUCCGACGGUAGUGUCGUCUUCUGAUAAAAUAAAUUCUCAGUCGUCCUCGUCGUCGUCGUCGGAAACGUCUGAUAAAUCCGCGACACCGCCACAGGACACGACGAGUCCUAUAAUUCGGUCGGGAUUGGAAAUCCUUCAGGGAAAUCAAAAGGAUUUGCCAUUGGGAGCGUACAAACCGGGAACGUUACCACCCGGAAUCGCGGGUCUUAAAAGUUUAAGUGCUUUGUGUUCGGGUUGUCCUCCGGGUUUAGAUCCUUCGAAUCCUGCCUUCCGGCCUCCGUUCGCCGGAGGUCCUUUUUCUCAUCAUCACGCGGCUCUUUUGGGAGCCGGUUAUUCGCCCUCGGCGCCCGGACCUUACGUGAGUUAUGUCAGAGUGCAAACUCCCGCCGGCGGCGAAGCUUUGGUCCCCGUUUGCAAGGACCCGUAUUGUACCGGAUGUCAAUUCAGCAUGCACAAUCCGAACAUGCUCGUCGGAAACACGUCGACGUGUCCCAGCGGUUGCACGCAAUGCGAUCAUCAAAAAUACGGUUUGGCCGCGGCCGCUCUCAGCAUGCUCCCGCCGGGUUUGCCACCUUCUCUAUCGCCCUACGCUCAGUUGGGUCGUCCCUACGUGUGCAGUUGGAUGGUCGGAGACGCUUAUUGCGGUAAAAGAUUCACCACUCCGGACGAACUCUUACAGCAUCUGAGGACUCAUACGAAUUCGACGGGAAGCGGGGGAGAACCGGCGACUACGUCCUCCUCCUCUUCCUCCUCCUCCUCCGUGACAUCCUUGCUCAAUUCCCAUUCUUUAUAUUCUUCGGCGGCACUUCACCGUGCUGCGGCCGCAGCUGCCGGCUACCCGAAUCCUCCACUCAGCCCUCUAUCGGCCUCCAGAUAUCAUCCUUACUCGAAACCCGGUCUCACCGGUGCUCUCGGUGCAUCCGCUUUUAGUGCCUUUAAUCCCACCGCUCUAGGUCCUUAUUAUUCACCGUAUUCUAUGUACGGUCAACGAAUCGGUGCUGCCGUGCAUCCAUAG